AUGAUCGAAGAAGAAGACGAAGGUCCCAGUCUGGCCAACCGCUGGGCGAACGAACACGGCGACAACGACGAGAAGCUCCCCGGUCUGGCCAGCCGCGCAUGGGGGCUCGAGUCUCACAACAAGAGGAAGAUGCUGUUGAGGUGGCUUGCUAAGAUGGAUAAGGCGAGACGGGCUCGUUUGACAGGCUCCGCUGCACAAGAUCAGGAGCAGCGCUCCCCGGGAGGCUCUGGCCUCACACGCUUCGCGGGCAACAUCAAGCCCGACGACAAGGUCAAGGAGAGGGACGAGAAGGAGCUCGACGAGGCGGAACAGGAAGAAAAGCAUCUCUAG